AUGGUCGAGGCGUACGGCGGUUCUUCGGAAUGGAAACCGGAUUUUGUGUUUGUAAAGGCGCCUGUAAGUUAUUGUCUGCCAUGGAACCUCCGUGAGACAGAGGGCCUUGGGGCCAUAAAAGAUGACUGGACCCAAGAGGAUGAAGAGUGUGUCGAGGAGUUCCAGGCAGAUGUUGAGAAAAUUUUGAGGUCCGCGAACGUUGGAAUGACGUCCAAUACUAUGUGCCCCCUGCAUAUGCGAAGGAAGGUCAUGUCGUCGAGCAAUGCUGGGUCUCGAUUGUUUGGUGACGAAGAUCCUUUUGCCAUUGUGAAUUCAGAUGAGGACGUUAGCGUUACUGCCGCCCCCCAGAAGAAGAAGAAGAAAAGGAUCGUGAAGGUGGGUGACAGGGCAAAGUCCAAAAAGGCCAAGACGGAUGCGCCCUCGAAGGAAACUGUCCAACCAAGCCUCGAGACGGUGCCCGUUGCCACUGAGUCCAUGCAGAAAACUAUGAGCGCAGCUUCGAUGGCUUAUUUAGUGCAGCUGAGGAAACUUCGAGAGGACCUGACAGCAGCAAGGGCAGAAAGGGACGAGGCGUUGUUCGAGAUGGUUACCCUCGAGGAGAAGGUUCGCCAAGUUCAGGCCAAGGAAGCAGAGAUUGUCGAGGUGCAGGCCAAGUACGAUGAGCUCGACGAGAAGAUGAAGUCGUUUGCCGGCCUGCAUAUCUCCAAGGAGGAGCUCCACCAGUGGUGUUCCGCCUUUAUGUACAGGAUGAUGUCCACAGGCGGAAUGGCGGCAGCUCUCGAGGAGGUGAGCUUGGUUGCCACCAAGUGUGGUGCGCAGCGAGUGGGCGUGGCAGGGUUAAAGAGACUCGACCAGGAUAGGCUAAUUAAGGCAAAAUGGUUUAAGCAACUCUUGAUGAAGGACCCAAAGAAAACCAUGCACGAGGCCAUGGUGAAGGUCUUGACGAGGUUGAGCCUUGAGCAGCUCCCUCUGUGGGGAGCUUUGAUCGGUGCCAUGCCCAAGAUGAGUUCCCCAGCGGAGAUUGCCUCGUUUCCAGGUGACGUCCCUGCUGUCCUGGCCAAGGGUCCAAGUGAGGAAGACCCUAUCCCCGAGGUUCCGGAUGAGUAUAUGGGCAUCGAGCUCGAGGAUGCUGAUGAGGAAACCGAGGAGGAUGUUGCUGAUACCGGUGACUCUGGAGUUCAGAGAUCCGCUGAGGAUGCCUCUCAGGCCCCUUCCAAGGACCCUUCCAAUGAUCCUUCCAAUGAUCCUCUCCUAGGCAGUGAUGCUGAAAGUUGGACCGUUUACCGCGUGCACCACAUGGUGUUAUCAGAGGAGCAAUCGAGGGAGUUUCCAUUAUAUUCCAUGAUAAGCGGGAUUCUGAGAAGUCGUGCUGACGUGCACAGCCUCGAGACAGUGGCGCAUUUGGAGAAUGAUCUGCUCGAUGCUAUGAGGACGCAAAACGUGAAGGUUAACCAGCAUAUGAUAAACGAGAUCAAAGGACUCCGUGAAGAGAUGCAGCGUCGAGAGGUUCAAAGCUUGAGAGACCACAGCGAUUCUUUAACUUUCGAGGCCGAGAUUCAUUACGAGCUGGUGAACAUGGAGAAGGAAAAUGCUCGGCUUAGGGUAAGACAGCAGAUUACUGUGUCUUCCUGGUUUCUCAAGAAGCACCAGGUGCUGGCUCGAGUCCAACACAUGAUUGUGGUCAGGACUCGUCGCUUUAUCGCAGCCAUGGAUAUAUUGAAAGAGAGGUCUCGUGAAAUCAAGCUUCUUACAGAUUAUGUUGCUCAACUUCAAAAUCUUCUGCUGGAUAACAACAUCGACUUCGAGGCUUUCGAGCGUCCGGAGGAGACAGUAGAUCCUCGAACCCGGAGUUCUCGAGAGGAGUUGUUGAUGAGGGUGCACGCUCAGGAUACAGAGAUCGUGGACCUCAAGGACAAAUUAAAUCAGUGCGUGAAUCUCCUUAGCCUGCAUGGGUAUAAAGGGAUUAUUCAUCCCUCCCCCGACAAUUCUGUCAGGGAGGCCGGAUGUAGAGUACACGGCUCUAUCAUAGGAAUUGGGUACGAAUUCCUUUUCUUGACAUUGCGUUUUGCAAUGCGCAUGAGGAAUGUUCCUCAAAUUUGUGUCCGGAUGUUGAGUACACGGCUCUUGAUCGAGGAUGGCCCUAAAGAGGGAGUCCAUCUCGAUGACUAG